CGCGCCCGCGGCAUUGAAGCAGCUGGGGUACAGUGACAGCAGUGUGACCAUGUAACCCUGAGACCCUGGGGGACACUGGGCAUCAUCCUUGGCACCCACUGCAGGUUCUUCUAUUGGUGAAAGUCUAAUACCGGUAAAAUUGUUGAGUUCUACGUCGGAAUCAACAAUGAAGCACUUCAUGCGAAUGGUGGUCCAGGUGUGGUUCUAUUUUUAUUGUGUCUGUGUGUGGCGCUUCCUGAAGUUCAUUUUGCGUAAGCUAACUGGACGCUGUGAGCUACAGAGGAUCUGUUACAACAACAAGCCUGGAGCAGGACGAACACUUAAGAUAGAGGCCUCACUGAAGGCAUCUAAAAGCAAGCUGUUACAGACUGCAGUGACUGUACAUCCCGAUGCCAUCGAAAAAACUAUUGAAGACAUCAUGGCUUUGAAGAAUGUUAAUAUCGACACAAAUCCACAACUGAGUGUGUCCCUCCAAGCUUGCCUCUUGCAAAUUGUGGGAUAUCGCAAUCUGACUCUGGAGAUCGAAAGGCUGCGUCGGGAAGCAUACGACUCAGACAACAACCAACAUGAAGAUAUGCUUCAAAAGCUUUGGAAACUGCUGAAACCUGGCGUUCCAUUAGAAUCGCGUAUCUCUAAGCAGUGGUGCGAAAUUGGUUUCCAAGGCGAUGACCCAAAAACAGACUUCAGAGGAAUGGGUCUCCUGGGACUAUACAAUUUGGUGUACUUUGCUGAGAAAGAAACACCUUCAGCACUGCAAAUACUUUCAGAUUCACUUCAACCAAAAUCCAGGGAUGUCAGUAAAGAGGACUUCAGCAAAACAAGCAAAUUAGAAUGGGAGAUGAAAAAGUUUGACAAAUCGAUUGGGUACUCCUUCGCCAUUGUGGGGAUUAAUAUCACAGACCUUGCCUACAACCUGAUGAUAAGUGGAGCUCUGAAAACACAUCUGUAUAACGUAGCUCCAGAGUCCCCCACAUUGCAUCAUUUUCAGCAAACAUUCUGCUUCUUGAUGCAAGAAUUUCACAAAUUCUGGAUCGAAGAAGAUCCACUGGACAUCAUGGAGUUUAAUCGCGUGCGCACCAAAUUCUACAAACACAUCUUGAAGCAGCUUCAGAAUACGGACAUGGCAUUAUGUCCUCAUUUUGCUGCAUCGGAAGGCUUGGUCAACCUGUAAUCAUCAACACUUAAUUUUUUCAAAAUCACUGCCUCACUAUUGUGUUCAAUCACAGCUUUUUAUCAUGGUCUUCAUGCUGUAUGACCACAGCGAUUGUAUGCAUGCUUUUUGGUAAAGUGCUCAUCUCUGUUUUUAUUAUAAAACAAAUCCCUUCAUGCUAGUGCUUUUGGGGAUUUCUCAUUCAAUGGUUGCGCAUAUUGCGAAUUUACGCAGUGUUAUAUUUUCAUCUAACAUAAGAGGUUUCUAUUUUUUUAGAUUUUAUUUUCUCAUAGUUUAACAUUUGAGAGUGGUAUUUGUGAAACAUGGAUUAGUGUCUGUACAGGACAACACUUGUUGUCUAAACAUUUUAUGAUCCUUACUAUUUCUACUGACAAAACGUAACAUAAUUUAAAUGUC